GGGAUACUUUUGAUUUCUCACCAGGGCUAAAUCCACAAAUUUCCACCACAGAGCCCUCACCUCUCUGCAGUAGACUUGUUAUUUCCAUUCAAGUUCACAGCCCGCCCCUUUUUUUCUCUCAGUCUCACUCUCUCUGCCACACAGUUAGUCGGUGCCAGAGUUCGCCACAUGUGCUCCUCUCUUAUUUUAACAGUCCUCUCACUUUUGAAUAAAUGGAGGAUACCGGAGCCUCUGGGAUUAAUGGUUAACCAACCCCACAAAAAAACUACAAAACAGCAAAAACGACCUCACGUGGGCCAAGUUUAACUUCCCUUCAUCUCUUCGGACAAAUCUCCGUGGCAUCUGAGGGGAAAGGGAUGGAAAACGGGACACGUGACGAUGUGGAGGCGCUGUGGGAGAAGUUGGAGUGCAAACGUUACGAACUGUGUCGCUCCAUCUCUCCAUCGAAGCUGACCCCCUACCUCCGCCAGUGCAAAGUCCUGGAUGAGCAGGAUGAGGAUGAGAUCCUCAACUCCAUGCUGCUGGUCUCCAAAACAAACCGCACAAGCCGUCUUCUCGACAUCCUGCACACUAAAGGAGAGCGCGGGUAUGUGGCAUUUUUGGAAAGUCUGGAAUUUUACUACCCCGAGCUGUACAAGCUUGUCACAGGGAAGGCUCCCACGCGGCGCUUCUCCUCCAUCGUAGUUGAAGAGGGUCACGAGGGUGUGACCCAGUUCCUGAUGAACGAAGUGAUGAAGCUGCAGCAGCAGUCCAAAGUCAAGACCCUGCAGACGGCCGAGCUAAGCAGGAAGAACUGCACCCUGGAGGACGAGCAGAAGAAGCUGAAGUUGGCCAAUCAGGAGCUUCAGGCCUUCCAACAGAGGUACAAUAAGCUGAAAGAAGAGAGGAACUCCUACAGUGACGAGCUGCUGCGGGUAAAGGAUGAGAACUACAAACUGGCCAUGAGGUAUGCCACGCUGAGUGAGGAGAAGAACAUGGCGGUGAUGAGGAGCAGAGACCUGCAGCUGGAGGUUGAUCAGCUGAAACACAGGCUGAACAAGUUAGAGGAGGAGUGCAAGAUGGAGAGGAGGCAGAGUCUCAAACUGAAGAACGACAUCGAGAACCGGCCAAAGAGAGAGCAGAUCCAUGAGCUGGAAAGAGAGAAUGAAAUGCUCAAGAUCAAGCUGCAGGACCUACAGGCCAUCAUACAGCCUGGUCCACUACCUGCAUCAGACAAGGCCAUCCUUGACAUUUUAGAACAUGACAGGCAGGAAGCACUGGAAGACAGACAGGAUCUGGUCAAUCGCCUCUACAACCUCCACGAAGAAGUCCGACAGGCGGAGGAGCUGCGAGAUAAGUACUUGGAGGAGAAGGAGGAUCUGGAGCUCAAGUCCUCCACGCUGCAAAAAGACUGUGAGAUGUAUCGUAACCGCAUGGACACCAUCACAUCCCAGCUGGAGGAGGUGGAGAAGGAGAGGGACCAGGCGUUCCGUGGCAGAGACGAGGCCCAGCACCAAGUCUCCCAGAGUCUCAUCGACAAAGACAAAUAUCGCAAGCAGAUCAGAGAGCUGGAAGAGAAGAGCGAUGAACUCCACAUCGAGAUUGUUCGCAAAGAAGCCAAGCUGGUCACCUUGGAGUCUCGACUGCGACGGAUCUCUAAGGACAUCCUUUUGGACUCGACUUUGCCAAGGGACCUGCCUGAGAGAAGGUGCUCUCAAGUGGUGGACGAUAAACCCCUCCAGGACCAACUGGAAUGGUCCAGCGACGAGUCGCCGGGGGAGAAGUUCCCUUCUGAUGAGCCGCGCCUCAGACGCAGACCGAACCUCAAAGCCGUGUUCAAAGGCUCAAAGUCUCCGGUCUGUGGAGUCAAAGAGGUCCCCUCAGAGCCCGCUCAGUCUGCUGUCAACAGCGGAGAUUUUCUGGAAAUCCAGAAGCGGAACUCGCACGUCAACAGCAACUCCCUCCCUCCCUCCCCCAGCAUAAUGACGUCCCCCACAUAUUCCCCCUUCUCGACUCACCCCCUCUCCUCCUCACAACAUCACUUAAGUAUGGCGGACCAGUCCAACAGGCAGAACAUGCUGCGUUCCCGUUGCAGCAUGCUGUCCAUAGUGGCUGAGCCGCCGGAGCAAGCGUCGCUCUACCGCCGGGAGAGGGAGAAGGACUCCGACUUCCACCUUCGAAGCGUCUCGGACUUUGAUAGCGACAACAUGGAGAUGGAGUUUGAGGACGAAGUGCAUCGCGGUACACCUUCUGUCCACUCAUCUUCCUCGUCCCACCACUCAGAAGGGAUGGACAGUUACGAGCUGGAGCAGGUCAACAGCAUCUUCAGGAAACUCUCUCUGGAACGGCCUUUCCGCCCGUCUCUGUCCUCCUUCUCCAGGAGCAGCGGUUCCCUGAAGCCGGUGCAGGAGCUUUCGUUGCUCGGGGACAACCUCCUGAGGGACAUCACUCUGGUUGGCGGGAACGAAAGCGGGAUUUUCAUAUCAGCCGUCCAGCCUUGCUCCAUCGCGGAGAAGGCGGGGCUUCGGGAGGGCCACCACCUCCUCCUGCUGGAAGGUUGCAUACGUGACGAGAACCAAAGCAUUUCAUUGGAUACCAGCACUCAGGAAGAAGCCUACUGGACGCUGCAGCACUGCUCCGGACCGGUCAAGCUGCACUAUCGAGCCAACUUUGACUCUUACCGCCGGCUGCAGAGGGACCUAGCGGAAGGCCCACUGGUUUCUGGCGACUCCUUCUACAUACGGGUCAACCUCAACAUCUCCGGCCAAUUAGACUGCUGCUCUCUGAGCGUGCACUGCGACGAGGUCGUGCACGUGCUGGACACCAGGCACCAGGGCCGCAACGAGUGGCUGUGCGCCCGCGUCAACCCGUACAACGGCUCGGACCUGGCUGAGCGGGGAACCAUACCAAGCAACUCAAGGGCCCAGCAGCUGCUCCUAGUAAAGAUACAGAAGUUAGUAUCUCGGGGGGGGAAAGAAGAGAAUGAGAUCAACCGCAGCAGGAACCAUUUACAGCCAGAAGAAGUCGGCUCGUCUCCUGAUCCUAAAUCCAGCCCACGCAUGUCUAGAGCCAGCGUCUUCCUCACCCAGAUACUACAGUUUGUCGGCAGGGUGGACAUCAAGUACAAGCGAAUGAACAGCAACGAGCGCGUCAGGAUCAUCAACUCAGUACCCAGACAAGGGUUUGAAGCUUUGAGGCCAGAAGACGCCGCUGAUCCGGACAACGAGCUGAGCCGGAGCCUGAACCUGAUUCCCUACAGCACCGUCACCCUGCAGCGGGCGCAGAGGAGGAGGCCCGUCCUCUUCACCCCGGCUGCUCUAGCCGCCACCAUUAUCCAGAAGAUACUCAACAUGGGGGGAGCCAUGGACUUCGACAUCUGCAAGCCAGACACGCUGUCCAAAGAAGAGUUUCAUCUGAAACAGAACGUGGAGCCGUUCAUUCACUACAAAGAGAAACACACCAUAUUUGAAUGCAUCACCCGAGAAAACAUAGAGGCUGUCGCUUCCAAGGGCAAACACUGUCUCCUCGAGGCCGAGCUGAGCUGCGUCAAAGACCUUCUGCGGCGAGAAAUCUACCCGAUCAUCGUCCACGUCAAGAUCUGCGAGAGGAAUGCGAAGAAGCUACGGAAGCUGCCGGUGCGCGUGGAGUCGGAGGAGGAGUUUGUGAAGUUGUGUCGGGCGAAAUCAAAGGAGCUGGAGGGAAUUCCCUGCCUCUACGCCAGCGUGGAGCCCGAGGCCUGGGCAGGGACGGACGACCUCAUCAGGGUGGUCAAAGAGCGGAUACAGGAGGAGCAGAAGAAGACGGUGUGGGUGGAGCAGGACCUCCUGUAGACACGCGGAUGCACAACGCGCACACACGUGCUGCUGAGCUCCACAAACACUCUGCUGCAUAUUUAUGCUGAAUCUCACAGAUGCUCUGGUGGACACUCGCACUGCUGAAGGCUUAAGAUGACCUGCAUUAUACAUUUUGUAAAUGGGUGUGUUUAACUUUUGAUAUAGGUGAAUAAACAGAUGGAAAACGACAAGAGGAGACCUUUGGAGCAUUUAGAGGGAAGGCGUUCAAAAAUCACUUGUGCGAGCAGUCAUUUCAAUUUCCGUGUGAUCUGACUUCACCUGAUUACAUCGUCCUCUUGUGGCGGCUGUCAGGCUUUGACACGGUAAAGGUUUAAGUCAAAAAGGAUUAUAUCACAUCAGUCUUUUAUUUAUUUUUUAUGACAUUUCUUUGUUGCAAAUCUGUUGCGGCGCUUCUUCUAAAAACAUUCCAUAAAUAGGAAUAUUACAUAAACCGCCGCUAUACAAAUAUAAUACAGCUGAAUGUGUAUAUUAUAGAGAACGCGUCAAGGUUUACGCAGGAAAAGCUUGACAUGGCCUAGUUAUUACUUGUGUUGCGCAAAUAUCUAUUAUACUCAGUUUUAUUUUAAGUAGGCUCAUCAUUAACACCCUUAGACUGUGAGUUACUUCCUGUAAAAACACUAUUUUAUUUAGUGAUAUUUACCAUGAAUAAGUAAACAUGCACGUUUGUUGAUUUCUGCAGCACAUAAAUCUGUGUGGAGACAGAAGCUUAUUUUUUUAUUUUUGAGGCCACCAGCCGUUCUGAUUUGAGAAAAACAAGCAGAGGAGAUUUAGAGUAACCUAUAUUUCAUAAGGGGGGGCCGGAUAAUCUCCUCUUCUGAGAGGAAAGAGACACACAUCCAGCACCAUAAAACCAUCAUAUCAGAAACCAAACUCACACUCUCCCUUAAGUCAGUACUGCAUCUUUGCUCCAUGUAGUGUCAUACCAAAGCUAAUAUUUAUUCUACGUUGACUGUAGGCAGCUCACCCAUUCGUGUGGUUAAAUGUAAUCAAAAGUGAUGAAAUAUACAAAAGUAUAAUAAACAUCACGAAAAGUCA